AUGAUAAAUGAUUCAACAUAUCGUCGAUGGCAAUUAACAUUACCAAUUCUUUCAACACUUUAUCGUAUGACUAAUCAAUUAUUAACUGAUUUUGUUGAUGAUAAUUAUUUUUAUUUAUUUGAUUUAAAAUCAUUUUUUACUGCCAAAUCACUUAAUGUUGCUAUACCUGGUGAUCCUAAAUUUGAACCACUUGUUAAAAAAAUUAAUUCAAAUAAUGAAGAUUGGAAUGAAUUUAAUGAUAUAAAUAAAAUAAUAAUACAUCAGCCAAUACGUACAGAAUAUCAUAUUGCAUUUCCAUAUUUAUAUAAUAGCUCUUCAUAUAAACUAUAUCUUUCAUGGUAUCAUAUACCAAAUGUUGUAUUUAUAAAAACUGAAGAUCCAGAUUUACCAGCUUUUUAUUUUGAUCCAUUACUAAAUCCAAUUACACAACAUCAUAUAAUAAAAUGCAUUAAUGUACAAAUUGAUGAUAACGAUGAAUUUAUUUUACCUGAAAAAUUUCAACCAUUAUAUACAGAGAAUACAACAAAUGGUAUAACAUUAUUAUGGGUAUCACGUCCAUUUAAUCUUUCGUUCUGGUCGAACACGACGUGGAAUUGA